GUCGCGCCAGGAGUCACCAGAGAUCCCAGGCCGGUCUGCCAGGGAAAGGGAGUAACCUGUGGCUGCGGCCCCAGCGACUCCUCCUCCUCGUCCUCCUCCACCACCCCGCCUCUUUUUCUAGCUAGGCGAAGAAAGCCGCCUCCUUCCACCUGCUCACGGCGACGCUUGUUCCUCCGGACGCGGAGAAAAGAGGAGAAGCCAGCGGCGCCUGAGGGAAGAGGACAACGCAGGACGACGACAACCCUGCUUUUUUUGUUUGUUUGUUUGUUUUCGGGAACGAGGGCCCAGGCAUGGCAGGACUCUGGGCCGACUGAAGAGGACGAGGGAAUCGCGAGCGGGAGAAGUGUGACAAGGACCGGCGGCGAAGCAGGAGGGUCCGCCUGCCUGAUCCAACGGAGGUGAAUAUCCUGGAAGCAGUAUGAGCCAAAAAGGAUCCACAGGCAGCUACUCUGGCUCUUCAAAUGGCAGCAUGGGUAAAGGAGAUGGUGCUGGCAAAAUGAGUGCAAAAGAUUUAUAUGAACAAAGGAAGAAAUACUCCAACUCAAACGUCAUAAUGCACGAAACAUCUCAAUACCAUGUCCAGCACCUGGCUACCUUCAUCAUGGAUAAAAGCGAGGCCAUCGUAACAGUGGAAGAUGCCAUCAGGAAGCUCAAACAGCUGAGCUCCAAAGAGAAGAUCUGGGCCCAAGAAAUGCUGCUGCAGGUGAAUGACAAAUCGAUUCGACUGUUGGAUUGUGGAACUCAGGAAGAGCUCGAAGACUUCCUUCUGCCAACAGUCCAGCACUGCCAGACUGUGCUGAAUCAGAUGCGAUAUCCCUCCAUCCUUCUGUUGGUGUGUCAAGACUCUGAACAACACAAACCUGACAUUCACUUCUUUAAUUGUGAUGAAGUGGAGGCAGAGAUGGUUCAUGAGGACAUAGAAAGUGCACUUGCUGACCAUAAGUUUGGAAGGAAGAUACGACCUCAGACCCUCAAGGUGAACCAAGAGAAGAUCAAACAGAGGCAAUCCAUCCUUCCCCCACCUCAAGGGCCUGCGCCCAUCCCUUUCCAGGAUGAAAACAGAGGCUUCCGAAAAAACAACCAGAAUCGUGUGGUCCCUCCGUCCCAGCCAGAGACUGAUCGACGAAGUAGUAGCUCCCAGGAAUAUGAGGAGUCUCGUGCAGCUUUAGCACAGAAGAUUGAAAAAGAAACGCAAGUACUGAAUUGCACCCUCGAUGACAUUGAGCUGUUCGUGGCCAAGCUUCAAAAAGCAGCAGAAGCAUUCAGGCAACUGAACCAAAGGAAGAAGGGAAAGAAGAACAAGAAGAAAGGGCCAGCAGAGGGAGUUCUGACUCUGCGUGCAAGACCUCCACAUGAAACCGAGUUUCUGGACUGCUUUCAGAAAAUCAAGCUGGCACUAAAUCUCCUGGUCAAACUGAAAAAACAUAUUCAGAAUCCAAGUGCUUCAGAAUUAGUCCAUUUCCUGUUUGGACCACUGGAACUGAUUGUUAACAGUAGUGGAGGCCCUGAAUUUGCAAGGUCUAUCAUCAGUCCACUUCUUUCAAAGGAUACUACAGAUUUUCUGAAAGGGCAUCUAACACCAAAGGAAAUGGUAUUGUGGGAAUCCUUAGGAGAGACUUGGACAAGGUCAAGAGCCGAAUGGCCAAGAGAUGCCAACAUCCCAAGAUAUGUUCCAAAGUUUCACAACGGAUGGGAGCCACCCCUGGAAAUCUUUCGUGGGGCUCCAUGGGAAAUCGAUAUUGGCCAUUUGCAAGAAGAGAAGCUGUCAUCAUCCAAUGGGUGUCCCAAUCGCCACUUGAAGCCAGUCCAGACUUCGGACCAAAAGCAAGGGAUGGAUGCCUUUGCUCAGCAUGUUACUCAACAUGUAAAUAGGAAUUUUGAGGCACAGGGUAUGGCUCCGUCAAAGAGAUAUGCCAAAAUUCUUUAUGAUUUCACUGCUCGAAAUGCAACUGAACUGUCAGUGCUGAAAGACGAAAUUCUGGAGGUGUUGGAAGAUAACAAACAAUGGUGGAAGCUGAAAAACCGAAGUGGACAGGCUGGUUAUGUUCCAUAUAAUAUUUUAGAUCUGGUGACUUCGGAGGAUUUUGCCGCAAUGGAGCAGAGUAAUCAGAAAUACCGAGACUUGAGUCCACGAGCAUCUGGAUCUUCCAGUCCUUCCCAUAAAUUACCUCCUAGCUAUGCUGGCGACAAAUGGGGAAGUGAAAUGGCAGCCCACAGUUCUUCAGAAGCCAAAGGACAAUUGAUCCAUCACAUGGACGAGGUCAAUGAUGAAUUGCUGAAAAAGAUCACAAAUAUCAAAAUCCAGCAACCUCAAAGGAAUUUUAGAGUAGAGAAGACCCAGCAGGUUCAUGUGCCCUUAACCUUUGAAUCCAAUGCUGGGGAAGUCAGAGUUUGGCUGGAAGCAAAUUCAUUCAGCAAAGGAACCGUGGACCAUCUUGGCAUACUGACAGGAGCACAGCUUUUCUCCUUGAACAAAGAAGAAUUGAAAAAAGUAUGCGGAGAAGAAGGCGCCCGGGUAUUUAGCAAAAUCACAGUGCAAAGGUCUAUUCUAGAGAAAAAUAGAGAGAAAUCAGAACUUGAGGAAAUCAUGCAGCGACGCCAAGAGAGGAUUGAUUCUUCUAUUUAAGUUAUUUUGGUUUAUUUCAACUUGUAGUCACAUAUAUUUACUUGCAGAAAAAAGGGAAAAGAGGAAAAAUAUAAAGGAGUACCUCUUCAAGUGAGACUGUUGGGACUAUCAAUGUACAUUGUCAUUCAGACCAACUGUUCCUUCAGCAGUUGACAAAGAGAACACUAAACUCCCUUAUUAAUUUGACAAUGCAUUGGGAAAGAAGCUGUAGUAUUGAAUGAAGUAUUAUAUUUUUAUAUUGCUAUAUAUUUUAUACAUGAUGUUACGUCUAUGAUUUCAGAGCAUGAGGAUGACCAGAUUUCUGCUCUAAGCAAAGGUUGAAUUGAAGCAAAACAACCCAAUCAAUCUACCCAGUACGUUUUCUCUGUGGCCCAUCAAUGCAUCCAGAACCAGCUGAAAAUACCCUUUGUUAUUAGUCAGCAAAUCCAUGUGCUUUGAAGCCUGCAUGCUUCCAAAUCUUCUGCUAAUUUGGUACAAAACUCAGUGCAACCUGUAUCUAGCAUGCAAUGGGGAAUCUUCUGCAUCACCUUUGUUACAUACAAAAGCUUAACAUUAGCAGGCAAGAUCUUUAAGUUGGCCUACUUUUUUUCCUAGAAUUAUUCCCCCCCCCCCAGGCUGCUUAAAAAAAAAUUGCACACAAUCAAAAAGGGUCUUGGGGAAAAUACUUUGCACUGUAGUAAGUUGGGUUCACCCAAUAGCAGUUUAAUGAUUCACUGCUUCAUUCAUAUUGAAAGUGAUAGCAUUCUUUGCUUGCAAGAACGCAUCUCUCCUUUCUUUGCAUAUGUUUUUCUAUAGGCUUUGCACACACAUACACACACACAUACACACACCCAAGACUUGAAUCAACUUGAAUGCUUUGCACUUGCCCAGGCUUGACCCCACAUACCUCUCUUCUGAUCCUGAAGUGAACAUGUGAGGCAUCCCUGAUAAUUUCAACAGCAAAUCUAAAUAGUCACAGUAUUCAAAUUGUCUUAUGAAAAGGAAUGUCAAGGCAUAUAAAAGAGUGCAUAAUUGAAUUGGCCUAUAGCCACGUAUAUAAAAACUUCUAUUUCUUAUUUAUUAGUAUAAGGAGAUAUCUGGAGUUCUACAGUCCAAGUCUGUACAUAUAUAUUCAUGUGUUUAGAACCAGAGCCUCAUGGGAAGAGUCCUCAGACUGCAGCAAGAUGGAAAAGAAAACAGCAUUUCAUUUGGUUUUUCCCCCCAGACCUUUUCUUUUUCUUUUCCCGUUUUCUUUUGUGCCUAUUCUCUUUUAAACCAACGGGAGGAAGUUGUUCUCCACCAUCUGCAAAAUUGGUGUAGAUUAAGAUUUAAGUUUAGGGCAGUGAUGGCAAACCUUUUUGGCACCGGUCCGCAUGCUCAUGCAGGAAAAUGGAAGACCAGCUCUUCUAGUUUCUGGCACUGCCGCAUGCAAAAAGGCCAGCUGAUCAUCAUGCGUGCAUGCGCGCCAGAAACCCAGAAGAGGAACAGGCGACGCGCGUGCCAGGCGACAUGCCACUUUGGGCACGCAUGCCAUAGGUUUGCCAUCAUGGGUUUAGAGCAUGUCAGGCGCCCCCAAAAGGCUACCUAUAUGUUUUCAGGAUAUUCCCUGCUUCCAUUUCCCCCAACAUUGGACUUCAGGUGUUAACAAGCAAUUUUUUAACAUUUUUACAGAGGUUGGCAAAGAAUAUUCAAGGUAGAUCUCUUCACUCCAGAGGGAAAUUGAAGAAGUCUCCCUCUUCCAACGGAGUAAUCCAAAGAAAUACAAUCUAGAAAUCAAUGUGCAUUUCUUUCAGAGGUGAAAUCUACUUACUGAUUCCGUACUAGUUUGGAAGUGUGUGCUCUGCGCAUGCAUCACAUCAAAAACAGGUUACUUCCUGGUUAAAACCAGGAAGUAACGAUACCUGGGCAGGUAGGUAGAACCUUGCGCUGCCGCCGCUACCAGUUCUCCGAACCAUGUGCCGCUACCGAUUUAGCCGAUCCGAACCAGUAGCAUUUCACCCCUGGUUUCUUUGUUUUAAUCCAUUAUCACUAAACUGUAUUCAGACCAAGCUUUAGAACAAAGGGCUGUAACUAUUCUCAGUACCAUAUGGCAAAAAUCUUGCCAAACAAAUACAUUCACUUUUGUUGUUUGGCAUGGCUUUAGGAUGUUUUUCUUACCUAUCCUUUUUAUCCUAGGGAUAGGACAACAUUAGCUCUUUGUUUGGGCACUCUUGACUCAUCAGAAGCUUCAGUAUCACCCAAUUAAUAAUGAUUAAUCAAAAUACAAGGAAGAACCCAACAUAUAAUUCCAAUCUGAUGGGAUUCUCAACAUUCCAAAUGCAUUCAAAUUAUGCAAUCUGCUUUAAUCAGGGGAAGGAUUCCCAAUGUAUGGUUCAUGAAACAGUUUAUUUUGAUUCCAGGAAAUCCUCUAAUGAAUAUAAACUUUCAUAAAAACUAAGUUUAUGAGCCAUAUAGAGAGGAAGAAAGUGAAAUAUGAAAUUAGAACAUGGCACCUUAUGCACUCAAAAGACCAUCAAUUACUCUUAUAAUUAUUAAAAUCCAGAAAUGUUGGUGAAAACUUAUAUUUGGUGGCUAAGUUUUUAGUAGGUUCAUCAUACUAAGGUACAGGUGCCACUAUGUCUCCUAUCUUUUGUAAAGUGAAGCUUCGCUUUGCUUAAUUAGGCAUAAGCCAAAAUCCACAACCAGUCAUGAUUCUCAGAUGCUUUUCUUUUUCUGCCUAAAUUAUGUAAUUGGCUGCUUACAUUGCUAGUGGGAAGCUAUUUACCCAAAAUCAAAGUAUGCAAUUGAAGUAGGACUGUAGACUUAUGAAAAUUGCUGUAGUCAAUGUUGGUGAACACAAACUCUGUUCAAACUGCAAAUCAGUAUAUAAGAUUUUAGCUGCUAAAACUUCAUUUACAUAUAUUUUGAAUCUGAAAAUAUAUAAAUCUUGAAGAAAUUGUUAAACAUGGAAUGUGUCUGGAAUAUAUCAUUCCAAAAAAUGUGUAUUAUUCUGCAUGUCUGGAGAAAUUUGUGAAACCAAGCCUUUAAAGAAGGCUUAAUGUUCCUCUAUCUACUAUUAUUUGUACAUUAGCCGGAAUGGUUUAUCUGUACAUAACUAUGUAGACAAAGUUCUUGACAAAGGCGAAACAAAAAGCUUUUGUGGAGAUAUUGCUAAAUACAAAUAUGCUCACGUUAAGUAUUUUCAAGGUAGCGCGCAGAGAUAAUUUAAAUCAUACUUUAAAAUCAGAAAAAUAUAUAUUAUAUAUAUGUGAAGUUGACAAAUAUAUAAGUAGUAGCUGAUGCACUUAUAGACCAAAUAUAGAGCAGGCAAAAUUAACUCUCUGCUUAUCAUAUGGAAUAUUAAUAAUACGGUAAAGCCAAACAAAGUAAUAUAGAUAUUGAGAACUCCUAAUAUGAAGAUUAAACAAUAAAUAUAAGAAAUAAAUGGCUAUGUUCUCACUUUUAAAUGUACAUUAAUAGCUGUAUAUUUUAAUUCACUAAAGAUACAUGAUUAACACAAUUAAGGAACAAUUCCAGGAAGAAAUAAAAGUAACAAAACUACUUUUUCCCCACCUAUGUAUAUGAUAGGAGGACUGAAGUGACGUCCCAUCUUUCAUUUGACUUUUUACAACUCUGUAAACUUCUCUUCUCAUAAUUGAAGUGAAAUACAUUUCUCUGGCUCUUAUUUUCCAAUGACAUGUCAGAACAGAAGAGGUUUGGAUCAUCUAAAUCCACAGCCUGUCUUGGCAUGUUUGACUUUUCUCUAUCUGAAGGUAUUAGAGUAUAAAUAAUUCCAUCAGUGACUUUUCUGCAGUAACCAAUAGGAAGCUUGGAAGACUGAAUUCCCUCCUACUUGGAGCAAUCACUUUCCUCUCUGCCAUUGGAGGAGGACCGCCAAACACUCUAUGGCAGAUGUAGUUGCAAGACUCUCCUAUAUCACAUUAAUGGACAAGCACAAUCCUCAUUGCAUCACAAGCCCCAGAAAACUGCUGUAGAGAGACUAGUCUCUGUCUUGAUUUAUUUGGAAGUAUUUGAAGCAUAUCAAAUUGAAUAUAUAUAUACUUAUGUCUGAAGAUAUGCCUAACCAAAGAUGCUUUCAUUAGUGUUGCUGAAUUGUCUGUAUGUACUAUAAACGAAAUGACAAGUUGGUUGAAAAUUAAUAUUAAUUUUAAAAUGUAUCCUUAUGUAAAAUAUGAAUGGAAAUUUUAAUUCUUUGCUUAACUGUAUCUAUGCUUCAUUUGUCGCACAAUUUGCAUGAUUUCAACCAAAAAUGGGAAAUUUUAGAUUUUUAAUAUGUGUCCUCUCUUGCAUAUUAAAACUAUCUACCAGCACUGUUCAAA